CGCUGCCUGUCAACAUGUUUCAAAACAGCAACGUCACUCGCAAAAUGUGUUCUUGACAUUGAUGAAGUCUCUCGCUGAAGUACUUCCAAGUAUUGCGAAGACGUUGUUUCGCUGGUUUACAACAACGACAACAACAACAACCACUUCAGCAAACUGCCAUCUUUAUCGAGACAAGUGUGGCGGCCGAUGACGCCGCAGUGAAAUGAAAUGAAACGGGAAGUGAAACUAAAGGCGACUGGUUAGGACCCACAUAGAGAAGCUCCGAGACAACACGUAAAACAAAUGUAAAAGGUGCUGCACUCUUUCGGUACCCCUCAGAAACAUGACGUCACAACUGUACUUCAUCGUAACAAGAACGCCCGAAUACCACCGACACGUCUCUCCUGGCCGCAUAUGCCACAUAAGUGAAGCGAGGCACAGAUCACUGACAAAAAAAUCCGCUCCCACGAAGUUGUCCGUCUACCUCUGGGGCUCAAGCGAUGUGUGGGACCGUGAAAUAGAGGCGGGCAGCCUGGAGGAGCUGAGUGCAGAGGAAGCCGAGCUGCUGCAGGCCCUGCCGGACGACCCGGAGAGGCUGAAGUGGUUCAGAGAGAGAGAAUCCCUUCAGGCGGCUCGAGGACUCGCGGUGGGCACCGCCGUGACGGUCCUCCAAGGAAAAGAGUGGCUGAGAGGCAUCGUUCGCUUCAUCGGAAGAACCCCAACCCUCCCGUAUGCCGCUCCUCCACCAGGCUGGUUCUUUGGCAUUGAGCUGCAGGGAGAAGACCGGGGCAAGGGGGAUACUGAUGGGAUCUGCCAGAAUAAAACCCUUUUCCCCUGUGCAAAAGAUUGUGGCAUUUUUGCCCCAUUCACCCGAGUCCGGCCUGUGGUACCCAGCUCCUUGUCCCCUUCCAGCCCGAAGCACUCCCAAACAGGAGCGGUAGCUCCAGGAGACAGAGUCACUUACUUCUUCCAUGAUAAGUGGCAGCAUGGAAUGGUGUUGCAUGUGAAGGAAGAGGACGCAGAACCUUGUGUUCGGAUCUCCACAGACACAAAUGACGAAGUCGAUGUUCCACUACACACCGUAGCACCAGAGAGCAAGGGCACUGAGACCCCUCCAGUGGAAAAAGACACCGCGGAUCUGAGCCUGAGCUCUGUGGUGGAGGUGUCCUUGGCUAAGGGCACCUCUUAUGGAAUUAUCCGCUGGAUCGGCACUCCGCUUGGUUGUGUGGAAACCAUGGCUGGCCUCGAGCUGGACGAACCCGAUGGAGUGAGUGAUGGCACCUUCAAAAGCGAGCGUCUCUUUCAUUGUGCCCCGAGGAAAGCACUGUUCGUGAAGCUUAGGUCUUGCCGCCCUGACUCGCGAUUUCAGAGUACAUCGGCACAUUGCAGCGAGAAGAUGCUCGAAACGGACGCUUCAGGUCAGGACAACACAGGGGGAGACUCAGAGCACAGCACAGGGAUGCUGGGGACCGUUCCUCCUAUCAGCACUGAGCAGGUCAACCACAUCCUGAUUGGAAGAAUGAAGGGGAUCCAAGGCCACUACAACUCCUGCUACAUGGAUGCUGCCCUUUUCAGCUUGUUUUCCUGCUCCUCCGUGUUAGACGCAAUGCUGUUUAAACCCACAGAACCGCAAGAUUCCCCCAUUCAGAGCACACUGCUCAACGACAUCGUUAAUCCCCUCCGCACAAAGGGCUUUGUGGAAGGUCGGCACAUCAUGAAGCUCCGGCAGCAGCUACAGAACCACGGCUACAGUAAAUCUUUCACCACAGAUGAGAAGGAUCCAGAGGAGUUUCUUACUGUCAUCAUGCACCAUAUUCUCGCACUGGAUCCUCUACUCAAACUCUCCUUGGGCGGUAAAGUGCAGGAAAGUUACUGCUACCAGAUCUUCUUAGACCAGAACCACAGCCUGGUGCUGCCCACAGUCCAGCAGCUGCUUGAGCAUUCCUUCCACAAUGCAGGACUGAAACUGGCCGAGGUGCCUCCCUGCUUCAUCCUCCAGAUGCCUCGCUUUGGAAAGAAAUUCAAGAUGUUUGACAGGAUCAUUCCAUCUCUGGAGCUGGACGUCACUAACCUUCUCUCUGAAGGUCCUCAGCAGUGCAUGCUGUGUGGAGACUUGGCACAGGCAGAGUGCACCGACUGUUUCAAAGAUCCCAUAUUCAGUCAGACGGGAUUCAAAAUCUUCUGCCAGAAGUGUUGGUCACAGGUGCACGCUCAUCCUCAACGCCGGUCCCAUCAACCAGUCGCUCUGGACAUCCCCAAGGGCUAUUUGAGUCACGGCGUAACUCACACUCUCAUCAGGGACAAGCUGGAGCUGUUCGCUGUGCUCUGCAUCGAGACGAGCCACUACGUGUCCUUCAUCAAGCACGGACCCAACAGCCAAGACUGGAUCUUCUUCGACAGCAUGGCAGACAGACAGGGAGAGAAAGACGGAUUCAACAUCCCGGAGGUUCACGCCUGCCCCGAGGUUGGCACGUACCUGGAAAUGUCUCCCACGGAGCUGGCCAAUCAGGUGCCUCGGGACAUGAAAGGUGUGGCCAAACGUCUCUUUUGUGACGCCUACAUGUACCUGUAUCAGAGCCCCAACAUGUGUCUCUAUCGCUGAGGGGACACCACCCCACAGCUUGCUUACUGCAUAACUUAAAAAAAUUAAAAUUAAAAUAAAUUGGAGAAGAAUAUCAGUUGCCUUUGCUCUUCAUCAACCUUUGUGCAAAGGUAUGUUGUUCUUAUGAAUGUGUGGAAGUACACACAUGAACAUUCAAAUUGUGUGUGUGCGCUGUUUUUAUUUUUAUUUGGAUAAACCUAACAUUAUAUAUAUAUAUUUUUAUUUUCUGCUGUGGGGCAGGGAUGUCAUUUUCCGGCUAAUUUAAAACAAUAUUGUUUUCCUGUCUGUUCUACUGUAUGAAGGAAGAAAAAAUUGACAAUCACUGACAUGUGGGAGAAAAGAUAAAGAUAGUACUUUAUUAUUAUUUUGUAGUUCACUGCUUCCUCAUGGUGUUUGAACUUCAUCUUUUAAAGCUUAUAUUUACAAUUUUUAUACCGAGAUGAAUUGAGUGUUGCAAAUGAAAACACCAGAAGAAGAAAGCAUAAUAAUGAUUUACCAGUGGCAUUUUUUAAACUGUUAUUGCACACAAAGAUGUGAUUUUUCUAAUAAGGGCUUGACCGGUUCCUUUAUUAAGUUGAGAAACACUUGGUCAGAUUCCUUACAGCUUUCAACAUGAUACUGAUUUCUUGUAUGAAGUCCAUAGUUCUUUUUUUUCUUUUCAUAUUUAGUUAAUAUAAAAUCCAAUAUUUGGUCACAUCUAUCAUGUAAAGAAAUACAUUUGCUGGGGUCAAACAUUCAUAGGAGAAUCGCUUCUAUGGUUCACUGCCGUCUUGAUGCACAUGUCUCAACCUUGUUUGAGCACCACUGGUUGCUGGUUCCAGAUCCAGAAUUUCUCAGAGAAAAACAUUUUUCGUACGUUUCUGGGCCGAUCUUUUGUAUUUGGGGAAGAAUCGUGUGAGCACAAUAUAGGAUUUGUAGCAGAGCAUUUUUAUUUUCUAUACAUAUUUAGUGUCUGGAGGGGAACUUAAAAAUGGAGGGAGGUGUGCCGGUGUUGUCCGAGUAUGUUGUGUUAUUUUUCAUGAUUUUCAGUUAAUUUAUGAACCAUGUUCAUAAAUGUUAAACAAUGUUGAUAAAACACAAUAUUCCAGAACAAAACAUGAUUACAGGGACCAGGUUGAAAAAUACGGAGAAAAUCUCCCUUUUGAAAAUCAUAUUUUUAUUUUGAUUAAAUAUGAAAGUCUGAUGUUGUUACAUCAGUACACAGCAUCAUUAUCACGUCAAUUUUAGGAAGGAAAAUUAGACAUUUCUGGCUAUUCAGAUGAUCAGACCAUGUACCCUUACACGAGCCUUCUGAUUGUUGAAUCAGUUGAAUAAAAAAAUGUUUUCCUUUGUUUUUGAUAUCCAACCAAUCAUGUACACAUUACUGAUGCAUAAUUGCACAAUAUAAAUAUUGAAAAAGUU